AUGGAAAACCUGUCCGAUCUAAAGAACCUGGUUGUUCUGGAUCUUUCCUACAACAGAAUCACAAAAAUCGAAGGACUUGACGGAUUACAAAAUCUUAAACAGUUAUAUCUCACUAGGAAUAAACUCACGAGAAUUGAAGGAUUAGAAAACUUGACAUCUCUCGAGUUAUUGGAGCUCGCAGAUAAUCGGCUGAGAAAAGUGGAGAAUCUGGAGUCGUUGACAACCCUAAGAAAACUUUUUCUCGGUGCGAAUCAGAUCACAAAAAUUGAAGGUUUAUCAACACUCCGCGAGCUGACGGUGCUGAGCUUCAUUGGCAAUGCCAUCAGAACAAUCGAAGGACUCGAUCGAUUAACAAACCUAGUGGAUCUCGCUUUAUCACAAAAUGGAAUCACACGAAUAGCAGGCCUUGUCAAUAACGUCGCCCUCGUCAUACUUGAUCUUAACGACAACCAAAUAGAAAAGAUCGAAAAUCUUCAACAUCUAACUAAUUUGAAGAGUCUGUGGAUGCGUAGAAAUAGGAUCUCGAAUUGGUCGGAAGUAGCGUACUUGAAUCGUUUGCCAGCUCUGAGAGAUGUUACUUUGGAAAUGAAUCCCAUAUACAGCACGCAACAUUUCUACCGUAAUCGAGUUCGAGAAAUACUUCCACGUGUGAAAAUCAUCGAUGCCGUGCCAGUGAAUUGGGCAAGCGGGGAUCCAUGGCAGGAACUGGCACCUGAUGACUAA